AUGGAGGACAAUAAGAAGCAAGGUAUUGUCCUCCAACAAUGGUGUGCUCUACUCUCCAUCUUUGCUCUCAUUUCCUCAUCUCAGUCCUUCGACUACAGCGACGCCCUCUCCAAGAGCCUCCUCUACUUUGAGUCCCAGCGUUCCGGGCGCCUACCCUACAACCAAAGGGUCACUUGGCGUCACCAUUCUGGCCUUACCGAUGGCCUUGAACAAGGGGUGGACUUGGUGGGAGGGUACUAUGAUGCUGGUGACAAUGUGAAAUUUGGUCUGCCAAUGGCAUUUACUAUAACAAUGCUGUCUUGGGGUGUGAUUGAAUACGGCAGAGAAAUGGAGGAUGCUGGAGAGUAUAAGCAUGCUUUGGAAGCCAUCAAAUGGGGGACUGAUUAUUUCAUCAAGGCCCAUACUCACCCAAAUGUUUUGUGGGGUGAGGUGGGUGAUGGAUUUACGGAUCACUAUUGUUGGCAAAGGCCUGAGGACAUGACCACGUCUCGUCAAGCCUACAAGGUCGAUGAGAACAAUCCCGGAUCAGAUAUUGCUGGCGAGACAGCGGCGGCAAUGGCGGCGGCUGCCAUUGUGUUUAGGAAAACCAACCCACAUUACUCUGGCCUACUUUUGCACCAUGCACAACAGUUGUUUGAGUUUGGUGACAAGUAUAGGGGGAAGUAUGAUGAGAGCAUUGAAGUGGUCAAGGGGCACUACACAUCUUGGAGUGGGUACAUGGAUGAGUUGCUGUGGGCAGCUUUGUGGUUGUACAAGGCCACAAACAAUGAAGAUUAUUUGAAGUAUGCUUUGAACAAUGCUCAGGCUUUUGGAGGCACCACUUGGGCCAUCAAAGAGUUUAGCUGGGAUGUUAAGUAUGCUGGUGUUCAGAUCAUUGCUUCAAUGUUGCUAAAGGAGGAGAAGCAUAAGCAACACAUGCACAUACUGGAACAGUACCGUUCAAAAGCAGAGUUUUACAUUUGUGCUUGCCUUGACAAAAACAAUGUCACUAAUGUGCAACGCACCCCAGGAGGCUUAUUGUACAUCCGCCAGUGGAACAACAUGCAGUAUGUUUCCAACGCAGCAUUUCUACUCACAACGUACUCUGAUUAUCUCCAAGCCACUCAUCAGAAUCUAGCUUGUGAUAAAGGGCGGGUGGGCCCACAAGAACUCCUAUCAUUUGCCAAAUCACAGGUUGAUUACAUUUUGGGGUCUAAUCCAACGGCCAUGAGCUACUUGGUGGGUUAUGGUCCAAAAUACCCCCAAAGACUGCACCACAGAGGAGCAUCUAUAGAGUCCUACAAGAGGAACAAGGGAUUUAUUGGGUGCACUCAGGGGUAUGAUAGCUGGUAUCGGAUGCAUCGUCCAAACCCAAAUGUGCUAGUUGGGGCCCUAGUUGGUGGGCCAGAUGGCAAUGAUGGAUUCAGGGAUGAAAGGUGGAAUUACAUGCAGACUGAGGCAUGUACUUACAAUACAGCAACAUUAGUUGGUGUUCUUGCUAAAUUGGAUAGAUUAGAAGGUGAUUAUCUGUCUCUUAAUCAACCAUUAAUAGCUUCUAGCUAGCUAAUAGGAUGUAUGUAUGAAAGUGUCUUUGAAGGGUCUGAUAAUUUUGUGAAGCAAAGCAA